GCUGCGAGAAGAAGUGGAUUUAGCACUCUCUGUAGACUGGUUUGUAUUUCAGGCAAAAAUGGCAACUGCUUCUCUCUUUAUUUCAACAGUGGUGUUUGCCUGUAUAGGCAUUCAAGUGGGAUACUGUUGUAACACCACAAUAGCUGUCCAGUGUAUGUUGGAUUACUGGCCGCCGGCUGAUAUUGGAACUCCAAGAUUUAACGCCGAUCUCAUUCUGAGUAUGGCUAAUGGUAACGGGGUCGCUGCCGAUGUCAUUUGCGGGGAAGCAACAGUGGUACUCGAAGCCGAUGUCUGUCUGCGAGAGGCGCUAGCCAAUUGUGAUUCCGCGGCCUUUGAAAAGGUUCAGACAGAAAAUGGCUGGGUAGUGGAGAAACUGUCCACGGUGAACCAGCUGGCACAGAUAUCUGUACAAAUUAGGUCCCUCUGCCAAGGAAACCAGUCCCCUGCCGGCGCACCUGUCAACAACAGCACUCCUGGUUGUGGAAAUUUUACCCAAGACGUCACGAGCAUUCAAGCCUGUUUCAGUACCAUAUCUUCCCUGUCCUCUGGGCUCCGUCUUGACAAUGUGACAGCUUCCACUCGCACACAGCUCUGCACUAUACUGUCGGAAGCCGUUACCUGUGGCAACGCCAUUGCCAAUACCACCCGCUGUGAAGCAGUUCACGCACGAUAUCAAAAUCAAAUAUUACCAUCUUUUCAACAAGUUCAACAAUUGUGCAUCGAAGGAGACAUUGAAG